AUGCUGCUGCGGAGCGCGUCCUCCCCGAUGCUCAACUGCGUACGUGCGCCGGCUGCGGCGGCGGCGGCGGUGGUCGAGCACCUGGCGGUGGUUUCGCCGUUGCUGUCACCGGCGGUGGCGGCGGCGCCGAGGCAGGGGGCGGUGCUGUGCCGCGCCAUGUCCGAGGGGGACCUGGCGGCGCCGCUCGUCCCCAGGAAGGACGAGGGACACGGGAGGGCACUGCCGAGGCUGUCGGCGUCGUCGUCCUCGUCCGCCUCCAUCUCCCUCGAGGAGGACGACAGCGAAGGCGAGGAGGAGGAUGAGGAGACCGUGGUCGCGGUCGGCGCGGACGUGUCGCUGCCGCUGCGACGGCUGCUGACGAGCACGGGGCUGGACGUGUCCGCGGCCGCGGCGCGGGAGACGCUGGCGGCGCUCGUGGAGCAGGGCGUCGGGGGCUGCAGCGGGGGCGGGAACGGGAAGGCUCUCGGCAGCAGCGGUGGCCAGGGUGGGGUCGGGGACAGCGGCGGUGGCGACAACCGCGCCGCCACGGACACGCACUACCGGCAGAUGAUCGAGGCGGACCCGGGCAACUCGCUGCUGCUGGUCAACUACGCCAGGUUCCUCAAGGAGGUGGAGGGGGACGCCGCGAGGGCGCAGGAGUACUGCGAGCGCGCCAUCCUCGCCAGCCCCGGCGACGCCGAGGCGCUGUCGCUCUACGCGGGCCUCGUUUGGGAGACCAGCCGCGACGCUGGCCGCGCCGACGACUACUACAGCCGCGCCGUCCAGGCCGCGCCCGACGACUGCUACGUCCUGGGCUCCUACGCCGGGUUCCUGUGGGACGCCGAGGAGGACGACGAAGAGAAUGACAAUUCCGAGCCCUUGCCACCGCCUUCGCUGUUCCAGGGGGCGGUUCAGCAUCCUUCCAUCACAGCGGCCUCUUAG